AUUAUAACUGUCAACUACAAUUUAUUGUGGGACAGAUUUUAUAGUUUUUUAAUUAGAUAUCUACGAUAUAUUUAUUUAAAAUUUUUAAUUUAUAUUGUAUUAAAAUGACUAAGACAAUUGCUGUAGUCGGUUCUUGUAUGAUUGAUUCAAUUGUAUAUUCAUCUCGUUUACCAAAGCCAGGUGAAACACUUUUAGGUAGUAAAUAUGAGCAAGGCUUUGGAGGCAAAGGUGCAAAUCAAUGUGUUACCGCUGCUAGGCUUGGUGCAUCAACAAUAUUUAUUACUUCAUUAGGAUCAGAUAAAAUUGGACAAUCAUAUUUAGAAAAAUUAAAACAAGAAAAUAUUGAUAUUUCGUAUGCAAAAAUCCAAAAUAAUAGCCAUACAGGUGUUGCUCAAAUUAUAGUUACAGAGACAGGAGAAAAUUCAAUUGUAAUUGUUCAAGGUUCUAACGCAUUAUUAUCUGUAAAGGACGUAAUAGAUGCAAGACAAAAAAUUCAAUCUGCAUCUGUACUUCUCUGUCAGUUUGAAACAUCAUUAGAACCCAUAUUAGAAGCAUUAACAAUAUAUCAGGGACAUGGAACAUCAAUCGUUAAUGGUGCACCAGCUGUAAGCAAUGUAGACCCAAAUAUUUUCAAAUUAUCCGAUAUAUUUUGUGUCAAUGAAACAGAAGCAGAAAUUAUGACUGGAAUACAAUGUAUAACAAUAUCAAAUGCACAGAAGGCUAUAGAUAAACUGUUUUCUCUGGGCUGCAAUACUGUUAUUAUAACAUUUGGAGCUGAAGGAGCAGUUCAUGCUACUCAAAAUAAUAAAAAACUUGUACAUACAUCUACAGAAAUUUUAAAAGCAGUGGAUACUACGGGAGCUGGAGAUGCUUUUUUAGGUGCUUUAGCUUAUUAUAUAACAUAUCAUUCAAAUUUAUCAUUAGAAGAAUGUAUUAGAAGAUCUAAUAGAAUUGCUGCCCAAAGCGUUUUAAAAGCCGGAACUCAAACAAGCUUACCAUAUAGAAAAGAUUUACCAAUUGAACUGUUCUAAAUAUAUUGUAAUAAUUGAAAAUCUUUAA